UAUGCGCGUGCGCGAUAGUCCCGGCCCGAAUCAUAACAAUUAGUUUUGGUUGGUUUCGGUUUGUUGGAUGCUCGCGUUCUUCUUCGUGGUCUCGCUGCUUUUAUUGCGAGGACAAUCAGCUGUCGGGAUCGCGAGGACCCAAAUCGAAUCGGUGGAGUGAGUGCGGACGGGUCGAGAAGUCAACACUCGUCCGGCAAGUACGAGACUUCUCGCGCGAGCGGUGAACGCGUUAUCGCACGAAGCACUUGAACGCGCUCUUAUUUCCCCCAGCUGAGUCGCUGUGCAGUUGUUAAGACGUCGCGCGAUCUCGCGAUCAUACAACGAUGCGAACGUAAGCGGCGUUGAGUUGCGAGAAGCGCACGACUUCGCGCUCGAGGGAGACGGUGGGUGUGAAUCGGGUCGGAUUCACAGGGCGGUGAGAAAGAAGGCGCGCGAGUGGCUGGUCGGCGAGACGACGGCGACCGUUGAUUCCUUUACGGUGCUUUCGCCGUGGGAACAAAAUGUCAACUUGCAGAUGAUAAUCGCACCGUUAUCCCGAACGAAGUACAGUGAAGAUGGCGUCCUCGGAAAUCGACGAUUUAUUGGCCGGACCGUUGGUCACUUGGGUCGUCAGCUGCCUGGAAGAUCCUGAUUCAUUGGCAAAUUAUGAGGACCUAGUGGACGGUGUCUUACUGCACAAUGUCUUCUUGCAAAUCAAUCCGGAGCCGCUGCACGAUGAAGUUGUACCUUCCGAUGGCAAUCCUGUUAUUCGUACAAAAAACUUGAGGACUAUAGUACAAAACAUAAAACAAUUCUACGAGGAGGAGAUGGACAAUUUGAUUUUAAAGUUACCAGACAUCGCAAAUUUAGGGAAAGAGCCUGAAUUGUAUAUAGCUGAUAUGAAAUUGUUGCUAUUGUUAUUGCUCGGAUGCGCCGUUCAGUGUCCGAAUCAGGAGAAGUUCAUCGGCAAGAUAAAAACAUUACAUCUUGAUACUCAACUUGCGAUAGUGGACUGUAUCAAACAGAUUACAGAUCACCAAGACAUAGUCAUUACGCAAGAUGCUAUGGCGAGCGCAAACAUGGGUUACCUGUUUGUUCAGAUAAAAAAGUGGACUCAAGAAUUGGAUUUCUAUCGGGAGAAAUGGAGAGACGCAGCGUUGGAUGAUAGCGUCGAGCGAAAUGAAUCCUCCAGCAGUGCGUCUGAGGAGAUAAUCAAAGUGCAACAAUCUCAUCCUGUCGCUAAAGCCGAAAGGGAAGAUAAUUAUCACUAUGCGGUUGAAUUGGCCGAUUGGAAGUCUAAGGUUCGGAAACAACGUCAGGAACUAGAGGAAAAAACGGAGGCUUUGCUCGAGUGUAAGGAGGAGCUGGAGCAUAACAAGGCGUUGCUGGUUAAACUGAGGCAAGAGAAUCAAGAAUUGAUGCACGAGGCUCGCGCUGCCAAAUCCUACAGGGACGAGUUAGACGCCGUGAUCGAGAGGGCGGAACGAGCGGAUCGUUUAGAAAUAGAGGUUGCACGAUACAGGGAGAAGCUCACGGACAUUGAAUUUUAUAAAACUCGGAUAGAAGAAUUGCGCGAGGACAAUAGGGUUCUAAUGGAGACUAGAGAGAUGCUUGAAGAACAGUUGAAUUCGUCGAGAAACAGAGCGGACAAAGUACUGGAGCUUGAAUCUGAAAUCAUAAAAUACAAACAGUUACUUAACGACAUGGCAUUGGAACGUGCAGCCGACAAAGAGAAGUAUCAAGAGCUCGUCGAGGAGAAUACUCAAUUGCAUCAAAUAACGAAAGCCGCUGCCAACGAGGCUGCUUUAGCUGGAUCCAGUGAUUCCGAAGAACCAGUGCCCGACGAGAACAGACUGUCCGAACAAUUAACGAGCAAUGCCGAGAGGAGAGCGUUAAAAUUGGAAUUGGAAAAUCGCCGUUUAAGUACGCUGAUCGAUUCGAUGAAGGAGACUUCCUUUCACGAGAAUUCGUCACACGUUCUGGAGUUGGAAAAGGAAAAGAAGAAGCUUUCGUUGAAGAUCGAAUCACUGAACGACAAUAAUGAGAGGCUCACGCAACAAAACUCUGACUUGGAGUUGGUUUGCAAGCAAGCGUUGGAAGAGAACAAGAAGCUUCAAAACAAUCUCAAGAAUCAACGUGUUUCCUCCGAGAAACAACAACAAGAACUGCAAACCUAUCACAUGAAAAUGAUAGAGGUAGAAAAAAGUUACGACACAGCAGUGAAAGAGAAACAACGUGUUCAGUUGUUACUGGAGAGUGUGCGACGACGUGCUGACGACUUGGAACGCACCCUGGAGACAACGAGUCAAAAGGUCGAGGAAUUGAAAGUCGUCGAGAACACUGUCAGUGAGGUUAAUUCCAAGUGUCUUGAUCUCGAGUCGAGGCUAACGGCGACGGAGAAAGAGAAGGACGCCGCCCAACGUGAUCUAUACAAAUGCAGAGAAACGAUCGAGAAAAAAGAUGUGGCCUUAGAUAAAGCAACAAACACGAUCGAAGUCUUGGAGAGGAAAGUGCUGCAACUCGAGCAGGAGUUGCAGGAUUGCGUCGCACAAAUAUCCAGAUUGCAAGAAAUCGAGCGAAGCAGCAAAGAACUCGAUUCUCGAGCUGCAAUUGACAGGGAAACUUUAGAGAUACUUCAAUCCAAUCUCGUCGCGGAGAAACGAAGCAAUCAGCAGUUGUGCACGAUUUUAGAAAAGCUCGGCCUUAGUGACAAUAUAUUGUUAACCUUACCUUUGGAGACGAUAUUGGAGAGAAUUUCCCAAUUACCGGAAGUAGUAGAUUAUGUGAAGAAGUCAGCUUUCUCAGAGGAGAGCUGCAACGAAAAAGCGGCGUCCGAGUCCACGGAAAAGGAGAGCAACGAUGAGCUGAACAAAACCCUGGAAGCUAUAAUAGAACCUUUAAAGCGCGAGGUGGAACAACUGCAGAUGAAAUCGUCCAUGUCUCAAACAGCCUCGGAGCACUUGCUGUCCGAAAACGCGAAGCUUCAAGUUCACAUCACAACGUUGCAGUCGCAAACCAAUUCGUUAAACGCGCAGCACACCGCUCUGCAGCUGGCGAAUUCGCAGCUUGUCGCGGAAAAAGAAGAGCUCCUGAAGGAACGCAACACGCAGCAGCACGUGCAUUCUGCGUUGCUUCGCGACCAGAACACCAUGCAGUCGUUGCACGAACAGCUGAACAACGAGUACGAAAUUCUGCUGCGCGAACGAGACUCCCUCAAGUCGAGUCUGAGAGACGCGAGAAACGAGAACAGAACGUUGCGCGAGAGCAUCGAGCGGCUGGAGACGAAGAGCGAAGCGUUGCAGUCCGAACGAGAAGCUUUCGUCAACAACACGAGGAGCUUGAACAAUCUCCGAGGAGAGCACUCGAAAUUGAAGGAUGACUUCAGAAAUCUGUACACCGCGAGCGAAAGAUUGAAGGCGGAAUAUAGGAACUUGCAGGAAGAUUACAGGAAGAAUAAAAUCGAGGUGAAUCGCUUGAGCUUAAAGCAGACUGAGAUGCAGGGAGAGCUGAGUAUUAAGAACGAACGGUGCUCGGACUUGGAGGCUGAAGUCAACCACCUUAACGAACGAUGUGAGAUGCUGUUAGAGAUGAACUCUGGAUUGGAUAACGACAGGCGUUCCUUGAUGGAGCACAUAAGUUUGCUGUUUACGCAAUAUCACGAACUUCUGACGCAUUCGCUUCAGGACAAGGAACAUUACCAUAUGGAAGAGAAAAUGUUCACGGAUAAAGUUAAUCAGCUGUACAGACAGAAGGAGAAAUUGGAAGACAAAAUUAUGGAGCACUACAGGAAACUUAAUAGCUGCACUACCAAAAAGAAAAGUUUCGGAGCCAAUUUAGUUCGCAGAGUCAGGAAAGCCGGGUCGGAGCUCCUCAAUAAGAAUCGACGUUCGUGGGCCGAAGAUUCCAAGCAGUCUGACAGUAAGACCUAUGAAUCGGAUACGGCAGGGAACGACUCGGACGCUAGUACCGAUGAUUACCGUUUACCUGGACCAAGCAGGAUUCUCGGGUCAGACGCGCUUGGACACGCCGGGACCAGAAGAACGGUGUACUACACCGACGAUUCUCCGCCGUCGUCCACUUCCUUGCCGGCGGACAGAUUGCUGGGCGAAUCCUACCAAGAGCAAGGGGACGACAACCACCACGCUGCGCAGAUGGAGUCGAAUUUGAAGUCGGAAACGCAGGUGGAGUCGCGCCCCUUUUUAAUCUACAACAAAGUGUCGGCGGUCAUAAACGAGUCCAAGAGUGUUGCCGGUACUCCGAUGAAGGACGCGGCGCAGGAAGAAACACUCGCGGAACCGCCCGCCGACAAAGAGCCAAAGACUGGAAGUCCGAUAUGGUACGAAUACGGUUGUGUAUAAGCGAACACCCUCACACACUGCCCGAACACGAUGCUUCCAUUAGUAUAUCCGAGAAAAGAAAUAGGGCGUCUUUAUACACAUAUAUAUAUAUCGUAACUUCGAACGUAACUCUAAAUCAAUCGCUAGGUUGCGCGGGUUUGCACGUGUUUGAUAAUUCAAUUGUUUACAAAUAAAAACUUUUUUUAGAAAACUGAAUAUUUGUUUGAAAUAUUGGGUUAGCCAAUAAUUCCGUGCAAUUUUUUUUACCUGUGAAUAGAAGACGAUUUUUUUUCUUUUUUUAUAGAAGACAAUAACUUGAGUCGAGAAUGUAUUGACCAUUGUAACCCACUAUUUUUUGCCAUUUUUCGGACAGCUUCAUAAAUCUUUGUUCAAAGAACUUCCUGUUUUUCUCGGCGAAAAACUAUUUCAAAUACCAUUUGAUGGCUUCCUCGGGGCGCUGCCCGUUCAAGGAAUUAUGAAGGGGACGAAAAGGGUAAUAAUUUGAAGGGUCAAGGUCAAGAUAAAUAUGGAGAAUGCGGUGAGACAUUCCAGUCCGGUUCCAAUCAUUUUUGACAGGUUUGCUGAGAUUUUUCCGUCUUGGACAGAAAAAUCUUCGAAAUGAAAUCUCGUAAGCCAUUUCUAGCACACGCGUUCUUCGACAUCCUCGCCAUGUACCGCACAUAUUUUUUUACAGUUUUUUUGUCGCGUUUUGCCGUUUUUUUAAAUAAAUAAGCAUGAUACGCUGAAAAUGCUCAUUUUGAUUAUCCAUCUUUAAAAUGAUGCCAAACAUACAAAACAACCCAUUUUUACAUUGCUUUUUUAAAUGCAUGUUAAAAUGUUUUCUAUGACUAUGUGCUUCCAAGAUUUGGACUCAAGAUAGGACUUUUUCAGAAUGCCUAAAAUCGGCAAAAACCGCAUGGAAUUAUUGGUCAACUUAAUAUUUGCUUCUGCAAUAUAUUUUCAGAUUCAGAGUCAGAUGUAAUUUAUAUUAACCAGUUAACUAGCUAUCUAAUUAUUAUAAUUUACAAAGUAUCGUGAAGUGGCGUUAGACGCAUGCCCGUAAGGAUAGCUGGAGCCAUAAAUUGAAGAAGAAAAAAAAAACGUUUGUUCAAUACGAAGCUUUUUGCUCUUGUCUUCAUAAUUGUAAAUAGUCGCAAGUUAUUAUCGAUAAAUCAUUGUUGAGCCAAUCGGAUUCGUGCACUUCAAGUAACUCUGUUUCGGGAUUCUGUGUUUUUCAAAUCGUAAGUAGAUCUUUCUGUUGAGUUCAACUUAAGAAUCGUCUUAAUCGCCACUUGGAAACUCCGCGAGGAAACCCGCACACCCUUACCGAUCGCAUUUUAUACUCUACGAACGAACAAAGAGAGAGAGACUAACGCAACGCGAAUAAUGUCUGUUCAAAAGAGAUCGGCGAAAAUGCGAGAAAGUAUUACGUAUACUAAAGAUUUUACCUUUAUUCUCGUAAACUUACCACGCGUAAUUGGACGCACACUGUUCGUAAAAUUACAAAGUAGAUUUAAGAGUAGAACGCCUACGAGUUCCUAGAAAGCUUUCGUGCUAAAUCGAUGCUAAAAUAGUCGUAACGUGAGUAAGGUUGACGUCCGUCGUUGACGAUUUACAUAAUUCGAGAAUUAUUCGUCAAAUGUGUUCUUCUUUAUACUUUUAUAUUUUAUUUGCUUUUAUAUUUUACACUUUUAUUUGUGUCUUCGAGGGUUUUUAGUGAAUUUGCAUGAAAGGUCGUGCCACAUCUCGAUUUUGUCUUUUGAUACUGAGAUAAAUUAUAGAAAACUGAAUCAGUUGAUUGAUGGUAUCUUCGUUUCUCACGAUUGCCUUUGUACUGUUUCGCUAUGAGACGGAACUUAAUUAUAAUCAAUUUCACACGAAGCAUAAUAGCGGUGGAUCUCGACAUUGUUGGGGAUAACCUUUUCUGCAUAUUUACCGGAUUUUUAGACAAGAAAUUUCAUUCUCUCUUUAUUCUCUUUAUUCGUAUGAAGAGAUAGGCUCGGGAGGAAAAAUUCGUGAAAGAUCUAUGAAAAUAGAUCUCGAGAAUGAGAGCGCCGAGAGCGUCGAGAUACCGAGUAACGAAGUUGCAGCUAUAUUAACAUAAUAGUGUGCUCGACUUGAUUUUACGCUCACCUGGUUCUAUUUUCAUUCGUAUGCAUUACGAGAAUAUGCAGAGUUUUCGUGGAGGUUUCUGCGCGUACACAGCUGUCUGACGUCGCGUUGUCUAUUUGUUGAUAGGUAGAUGGAAUUCUUACGCUUAUUUUCCGGGAAUGUAAGAUGCAAUUGUCUUUUUCUCCUUAAUAGACGAGACUAACGUAGAGAUGCAAACGCGAACAGUCUCACGCUGAUAAUAAUGGCACAAACUUGCAUUUGCUUUUACAUUUGUAUCGAUUACCUCCUCGUCACUGGACAUUUAUCGCGGUAUAAGUUACAUAGGUUACUUUUUUACAUUUCGAUAACUUAUAUUUUUAUAGUAACUUUGUGUGUACGUGUUAGGUGUGUAAGUAGGUAAUUUAAUAUAGGUGACACACACACACACACACACACACACACACACACACACACACACACACACACACACACACACACACACA